UUGGAUAUGAAAACCACCUCUCCUUUCUUCUGUUUCGGCAGUUAAAUAUUCUGGUUGACACUGGGAGCAGUAAUUUUGCUGUAGCAGGUGUGCCUGAUCCUGAUGUCACCUCCUACUUCAAUACCAAGCUGUCAAGUACAUACAAAUCUCAAGGGAUUGAUGUCACAGUUAAAUACAGUCAAGGAAGCUGGACUGGAGUGCUGGGUACAGAUGUCAUUACUAUCCCAAAAGGAAUCUAUGGCAGCUACAUCAUCAACAUUGCUACCAUUCUUGAAUCAGAGAAUUUCUUCUUACCAGGAGUUAAAUGGCAUGGGAUUCUUGGUCUUGCCUACGAUGCCUUAGCCAAGCCUUCCAGUUCUGUGGAGACGUUCUUUGACUCUCUUGUGAGGCAGGCAAAGAUCCCCAACAUUUUCUCCUUGCAGAUGUGCGGUGCUGGACUGCCUGUUUCUGGAAGUGGUACCAACGGAGGUAGUCUUGUUCUGGGUGGAAUUGAACCAAGUCUGUACAAGGGUGAUAUUUGGUACACACCUAUCAAAGAGGAGUGGUAUUACCAGGUCGAAAUUCUCAAACUGGAGGUUGGAGGACAGAACCUCGAAUUGGACUGCAGAGAGUAUAAUGCCGAUAAAGCGAUAGUAGACAGUGGAACCACACUUCUCCGUCUGCCCCAGAAAGUCUUCAGUGCUGUUGUGCAAGCAAUAGCUCGCACAUCCCUGAUACAAGAAUUUUCUUCUGGUUUCUGGACUGGUUCACAGCUUGCAUGCUGGGAUAAAACUGAAAGACCCUGGUCUAUAUUUCCCAAACUCUCCAUUUACCUGAGGGAUGAAAACUCCAGUAGGUCGUUUCGGAUCUCUAUCCUACCACAGCUUUAUAUUCAACCCAUCCUUGGAAUAGGAGAGAAUUUACAGUGCUACCGAUUUGGCAUCUCUUCCUCCACAAAUGCUUUAGUUAUUGGUGCUACAGUCAUGGAAGGCUUCUACGUAAUAUUUGAUAGAGCCCAGAGGAGAGUGGGCUUUGCAGUGAGUCCAUGUGCAG